AUGGAGCUCAAGUGCCUUUUGAUGUGGCUCUUGCUUGGAUCCAUCAAGGGCAGCGAGCAAGAAAAUUGCCCAGCUCUUCCAAGGCCUGACUUUGCUGAUGUUACUGCUGAAAUGUACCCAGUGGGGACCAAACUGUAUUAUGAAUGUGACAGUGGCUACAGAAGAAGGAGUGGCCAGUACCCAGGGAUUUCGUGUCAGAGUACACAGGACGUUGCUUCAUGGGUCUACAAGGAAUUUGAAUGCAUUGAUGAGAAAAUCCUGUUGUCAACGGCUCCCACGAUGGAGUUCCAUUUUACACAGAAGCCAGAAAGAAAAAACCAGAGCCCUGCACCCCAGAAGCAAGAAAACCUUUCAGAGUUUGACCACAAAGGUUUUUGUGGUCCUCCCAAGAGCAAUCCACACGCCUCGUUAGGCCUGCCCAGGCAGUACCUCGUGGGACAAGUAUUACAUAUCAAAUGCCAGAGUGGUUAUGACAAGCGACCCCCCACCUCUGGCACCCUCACGUGCAAGAAGGAGGGUGACAAAGUCAUCUGGACCUCCCUUGACAUGCAGUGCACCAAUGAAAGUGAUAAGUGGCUGCCCCAGGCUAUUGGACAAGCUAUUUUGGACUAG